AUGGAAAACCUUUUUAGUUCAUCCCUUAUUGCAAAGACGGUAAAUAAUGGGAAAAAUAUAAACUCUAAUGAUAAAAAUAAGAAAAAAGAAAUUAUUAAAAAAUGCUCUGAAGAUUUUUUAAGUCAACGGAAUAUCAGUAACAAUAAUAACAACGAUAAUGGAAAUAAUAAUGAUAAUUUAGGUAACGACACAAGCAUUAAUAUGGAUAGCUGUAAUAAUAAUAAUAGCAGUAGUACUAAUAAUAGCAGUAGUACUAAUAAUAGCAGUAGUACUAAUAAUAACAGUAGUACUAAUAAUAGCAGUAGUACUAAUAAUAGCAGAAGUACUAAUAAUAGCAGAAGUACUAAUAAUAGCAGUAGUACUAAUAAUAGCAGAAGUACUAAUAAUAGCAGUAGUACUAAUAAUAGCAGUAGUAAUAAUAUGAACAAAAAUAAUAGUAGCAAUAAUAGCAAUAUUAAACAUAUGAGCUAUAGUAAAAAUAAUAAAACUAUUUAUGAUGCUAACCUUAAGAGUGCGUAUAAUAUUGAUAAUGCACGCUUUGAUAUAAUAGCGUCGAAAAAUUAUUAUGAAAAUACUAAUAUCGAGGAGUCGACAAAAAAAAAUAAUUUCGAUUCAUUGAAUUUAAUCUCAAAAGAGUAUAAUAGUAGCUAUUAUUAUGAUGAUAUUAAAUGCAAAGGAGAUAAGGUAUUUUUAAAUAAUAAAUUGUCUACUGAUAAUAAUGAAAACAUAAAAGUGAACGCAAAUGAUAAUAAAAAUAAAUGCACGAACGAAAGCGAAAACAAAAUUUUUGAAAAUUUUAAACACGACAUUAUAAAAAGCAGUGAUGACCUUGAUUAUCAUGGCUUUACCCUAGAUAACAAUUAUUAUCAGUAUAAAAAUAAAAACAAAGUGAGUAAUAUCGAGGAACAAAUAGAUAAUGAUAAAAAUGAAAUUGAUAAUAAUAAAAAUGAAAUUGAUAAUAAUAAUAAUUUAAAAAACAACAGUAUUAUAAGAAGAUUGUAUUCUAAUGAUUCAAAAUAUAUUAUUAAAGAUCACAUUGCAAGUCAUUUUCGCGCAUGCAAACAGGAAAAUAAAAAUAAAGAUAACAAUAAUAUGCUACUUUUAAGAGAUAUAUAUAAAAAACAUAGAAAUCAUAUUGUUUAUAGCAGUGAUUUAUUAAAUAACUAUUGUUUACAUGAAAAAAUAAACUUUUCAAAUAAUCAAAAUAAAAAAAAAAUUCAAAAUAAAAUACAUAAACAAAUUCCGAAUGAUAAUAAUACAAUAAAUAAAAACGACUAUUAUAGCAAUAUAAAUAAUAACUUGACAAAAGGUAUGUCAAAUUCUGAGCUACUUCUUAAUGAAAGUAAAAAUAAUGAUUUUCUCUCUGAGCACGUUAAAAAUGCUCAACAUUUAGAUGAAAACUCUAAUGCGAAAUCCUUUCAUAUCAAUACAACUCGAGGCACAAGCACAAUUGGAAGCACAUAUUCGAAUAGAGAAAAAAACUCGAUUAAAGGCAAAUAUGCAAUUAGCGGUACAAACACGAUUAGAAGCACAAAUACAAGAAGGGGUGCAAAUACAGAUAUAUAUUUAGAAGAGGAAGAAAUAAACACAAAUGAAAGUAAAAAUAAAGAUACAGAUGAAAAUAAAAGUACAAGAACAGAUGAAAAUAAAAGUAUAAGAAUAGAUGAAAAUAAAAGUACAAGAACAGAUGAAAAUAAAAGUAUAAGAGCAGAUGAAAAUAAAAGUACAAGAGCAGAUGAAAAUAAAAGUACAAGAACAGAUGAAAAUAAAAGUACAAGAACAGAUGAAAAUAAAAGUACAAGAACAGAUGAAUGCACGAAAAAUACUAUUAAAAACAGAAACAUUGAAAAAAAAAAUAAUAAUACUGAUUUGAAUACCAAAGGAAAUUUAAGAAAAAACAACUAUAUUAAUUAUUUAAAAAUUGCAAAUAUUAAAAUAGAUAAAAGAAAAAAUUUGGGAAUUGGAAAAAAAGAUAGUAGUCAUAUUAUUAAAUCAUAUUCUUUCAAAUAUGACAAUAGGAGGACAAAAGUUAAUCGGAUCAAUCUCACAUUAAAUAAAAAGGCUUAUGUAACUAAAAACUUUCAAAUUAUUGCAUCCAAAGGGGAAGCAUAUUUUGGUGAACUUCUAAAUAAAAGUAAAAUAAAAAAAAAAAAUAAUAAUAUGAAUAGCAAUAGGAACAUUAAAAAUAAUAAUACAAAUAAUAGUAAUAAUUUUAGUAGUAAUAUUAGCAAUAGUAAUAAUAGCAAUAGUAAUAAUAGCAAUAGCAAUAAUAGCAAUAGCAAUAAUAGCAAUAGCAAUAAUAGCAAUAGUAAUAAUAGCAAUAGUAAUAAUAAUAUGAAAAAUUGGAAUGUUACAAAAAAAAUUAUUCCCAGAAAAGAUGAGGAAAUAAAAGGGAAAGAUGAUAAUAAUAAUAUAUUUAAUAGUGAAAAUAAUUUUAACAACUGUAAUCAUUUUAUUAUUGGAAAUGAUAAACAAUCGUAUGAGUUUAAAAAAUGUGAAAAUAAUUAUGAACGAAGAGAAUAUGCUAAUCUGGAUUUUUUCCCCUUUGAAAGUAUAAAAAAUAAGGAGAAAAAUAAUGAAGAAAAUAAUGGGAAUCCUGUUAGAGGGAAUGAUAAAAGUGGAAAAUUAAAAAAAAGCAAAUUUUUAGAAGAGUGUGAAGAGAAAGAAGAGUGUGAGGAGAAAGAAGAAUGUGAGGAGAAAGAAGAAUGUGCACAAGGUGAAGAAGGGGAAGAAGAGGAGGAUAAGGAUGAGUAUGAAAAUGAGAAUAAUAAUUCAAAUACGGAUGAAAAUGCAAAUGAAGAGGAUAAUAAGGAUGAUACCGAAAAUGAGAACAAUUAUGAAGAAGAAAGAAAAAAAAAAAUUGAGAAUAACAAAAUUGACUUAUCGAAAUUACAUUACGGAAACUCCUGCAUGUAUUAUAUGUGUAAUUUAAAAAACAAUAAAACAAAAAAAGAUAAAAUUAAUUAUAAAUUUCAAGAGGACAAAAAUAAUUGUAAUUACGUAAAAAAUAGCAAUAAUUAUAUGUUAAUUAAAAAAAGGAAUGAUAAAGUUAAUAAAAUACAAAAUUGUGGUGUUAACGAUGAGUUAACAAUAUUUACAGAUUUUUCACCUGAGUUAGCAAUGGAAAUUUUGAACAAAAAAAAAGAUUUAAGCUUCUCAUCGAAAUGGGGAAUCAACUGCGAAAAAAACAAUUGUGUUACAAGUAAUAUUAUCAGUACAAGCAAUACAGUCAAUACACAUAAUAAUUGCAUUGUGUAUAAAUCUGUUAAAAUGGAAAUGAGAAAAGAAGAGAAAGAAGUGGAACAGGAACUAGAAGAAGAUGCUAAAAUAAAAGUGGGAAAAUAUUGUGCCAAGAAUGACUAUAAUAUUAAUAAUAUUAAUAGUAAUAAUAUUAAUAGUAAUAAUAUUAAUAGUAAUAAUAUUAAUAGUAAUAAUAUUAAUAGCAAUAAUAUUAAUAGUAAUAAUAAUAGUAGUAAUAAUAAUAAUAGUAUUAGUAAUAAUAGCAAUAAUAUUAAUAGUAAUAAUAACAGUAGUAAUAAUAAUAAUAGGAAUAAUAAUAAUAGUAAUAACAAUAGUAAUAAUAAUAAUAAUAAUAGUAAUAAUAAUAAUAAUAAUAGUGUUAAUAAUAUUAGUAUUAAUAAUAGUAGUAAUAAUAAUAAUAGUAUUAGUAAUAAUAGCAAUAAUAUUAAUAGUAAUAAUAACAGUAGUAAUAAUAAUAAUAGGAAUAAUAAUAAUAGUAAUAACAAUAGUAAUAAUAAUAAUAAUAAUAGUAAUAAUAAUAAUAAUAAUAGUGUUAAUAAUAUUAGUAUUAAUAAUAAUAGUAAUAAUAAUAAUAGUAUUAAUAAUAAUAGUACUAGUACUACUAUUACUACUACUGCUACUAAUAAUAAAAAUAAUAAUUGCAGUUAUAAUAGUGAUACUUAUAAUGUGUUUGACACCAAGGGAGGGAAUACGAACUGGGAAAGUGGAUUAUCUCGCAUGAGUGUUAAUAAUAUCCUAGAGGAAGAAAGAGAGCUAAGAAAAGAAAAAAUUCAAAAUAACCUGAAUAAAUCAGUAAUAACAGUUGAAAAUUUGGAAAUAUCCAUGGAAAUAAAUAAAAAGGGGGAUAAUAAUAAUGAAGAUGGAGUAGGCAGACUUAAAAAGGAAACACAAAAUAAUGAAAAGGGUAAUGACAAAAAUAUUGAGCAAUAUAUUGAUAGAUAUAGAACUAAAUGUAAUGAGAAAAAAUGGAAAAAGAACAGCGAAAAAAAUAGUGAACAAUAUAGAGAUAAAAAUGGGGAUAAAACUUUUAAGAAAAAAAUUGAAAAAAAUAAAAAUUGCAGUAAUAGUGAAGAAAUUCUCACAAUUAGACAAGAGCAAAAUGUACUGAAAUAUGGUACGAGUUCAGGAAAAAACGUUAAUGUAAAUAUUGAAGGAGUAGUAUUUCAUGAUAGAAAAGUAAAUGUACAACAAGAUGAUUAUUGUUUAUUAGAGGAAGAAAAAGCAGAUAAGUUAAGCAAAGGAAGGAAAGAAAUGGAAAUUGGAAAUUACAAAAUUUUAAAAAAUACACGUGUACGCGAAAAUUUGAACGUAGAAGAUAUACGGUUACCGUAUGAUCAUGCUCAUAAUAAUGAACAAAUUGGAAAAGAGGAGGAGGAAGUGGAAGAAGAGGAAAUGAAAGAAGAGGAAAUGGAAGAAGAGGAAGUGGAAGAAGAGGAAAUGAAAGAAGAGGAAGUGGAAGAAGAGGAAGUGGAAGAAGAGGAAGUGGAAGAGGAGAAAGUGGAAGAGGAGAAAGUGGAAGAGGAGGAAGUGGAAGAGGAGGAAGUGGAAGAGAAGGAAGUUGAAGAAAAGGAAGUUGAAGAAAAGGUAGUGGAGGAGAAGGAAGUGGAAGAAAAAGAAGUGGAUAAGGAGUGCAAAAUAGAUAAUAUACAAAAUCAUAUUGAUUAUAUAAUGAAAAAUGAUGACAUUGAUUUUUCAAAAAUAAAUAUUAAAGCUAACGAAAGUUAUGUUAAAAUAAAUUUUUUUCUCAAUGAGUACAUAUUAAAAUAUAAGGAAUUUCACAAUAGCGAUUUAUUAUUUUGCUUCGGAGAGUCCAGUGAAGAAGAUGUAAUAUCGGAAAAGAAUUUGCUCAAGGAGAGUGAUACCGACAGUGGUAAUGACAAUGGUAAUGAUAGUCGUAAUGGUAAUGUUAAUGAUAAUGGUAAUGACAAUAUCUUGCGUAAGGGGAAUGACAAAAUACUGGACAUAAAGAAAAAACAAUCCUUCAAUCCACUAAAUCGGAAAAAAAUGAAACAGCAGAAAAAUAGAAAAAUUAAUUAUGAUGCUGUAGAUACCAUGUGGCAACCACAUUUUCAUCCACAUAAUAAAGAAUUUCGAGUAAGAUAUAGAUAUAAAGGAAGUAUGAGGUUAAAAACUAUUUCCUGUAAAUAUUUUGGCUAUUUAACAAGUAAAAAGAUUUCUAUUUUAUUCCUGUUCAGGUGGAUAUUAUGCGGAAAAUAUAUUGCGGAAAAAACGAAGAGAUCGAGACUAAGUAUUAGCGAUAUAAAUGAAUAUAAUUUACCUGAACUUUUAUCAAAGAAAAGAAAAAAAAGAAGAAGUAAUUACAUGACAGAUGAAGAAUUUAAAAAUUAUGAAGAAAAGAAAACAAAAGAAUUUUAUGAACAUGUAUAUAAAAUUAAUAAUUUUCUUUUAAGUAAUUAUAAAGAUGAUACUUUUAUUAGUAAGUUGAAAAAUAUUAUAAAUAGUUGUGACAAACAAUUUAAAAAAGAGGAAAUCUUAAAUAUAUUAAAUGAGUGUCUGCGAGAUAAAUUAACAACAGAAAAGAAAAAAGAAUAUUUAAAACAAAUUAAAAAUGAAAAGGUUAUUAGAAAAGUCGCUACUUCUAUUGGCCAGAAGCGUUUUAAUAAUUGUAACAUAGAUGAUAAUAAUGCUACAAAUGAAAAUCAAUGCCAUUGUGCUAAUGGCACUGCAAAUGAUGAUGAGAGUUGUAGUGCAAGUGGUGGAGCAACCAGUAGCGGUGCAAUUGACGGUGCAACUGACGGUGCACUUAACGGUGCAGUUGACGAUAUAGUUGACGAUAUAGUUGACGAUACAAGAGAUAAUAACUUUGAUCGUGAAUAUUGCAACAGAACAAAAAGAACAAAGACACCGUUGAAUAACGAGUGUAAUAGUAACUGUAGUAGAGAUAGUAGUAGUAGUAGUAGUAGUAGUAGCACAUUUAAUUACAAUAAAAAGAGGAGAAGAAUUACACAAAAGGGAAAUGUGAAUAAAAGGAAAAAAAAUAAUACCAAUGCUUUUUGCAGUAGUUUUAAUAAUAAUAAGGAAAAAAUUGUACUUCUGAAUUCGAAAAAAGAAAAAGAAAAUUUCCCAAAAAAGAUAAAUAAUAGUUAUAAUAAUAAAAUUGACAUUCAUAGAAAGAGGGAACGUAUAUCACGAAACACAUGCAGUAGAUAUAAUUUGAAAGAAACAAAAAAACUUAAGGAUGAUAAAAAAUUAUUAGAAAUUUUAGAUAAAUCAAAUAUUAGUAGUACAUUUGGAUUUAGUGAAAAAAGAAGUCAUGGGGAUUUUACUAAUGGUCUAAAAGUAAAAGCGUGUGAAAGGAUUUUAAGGGCGAACCGGAGUGUUAAUAGUGGAAGGGAAAAUAGAGAAAUAAAUGAUGGAGGGAAUAGAGGAAUGAAUGGUGGGGGGAAUAGAGGAAUGAAUAGUGGUGGGAAUAGAGGAAUGAAUAGUGGUGGGAAUAGAGGAAUGAAUAGUGGUGGGAAUAGAGGAAUGAAUAGUGGUGGGAAUAGAGGAAUGAAUAGUGGUGGGAAUAGAGGAAUGAAUAGUGGUGGGAAUAGAGGAAUGAGUAAUGGAGGGAAUAGAGGAAUGAGUAAUGGAGGGAAUAGAGGAAUGAAUAAUGGAGGGAAUAGAGGAGUAAAUAGAGAAGAUAAUAACGGCUGGUAUAGCGGCAAGGAAGGCAGCAGUAGUUACGUUAGUGAGAAUUGUAAUAGCAACAGAAAUAUAAAAUGUGUAAACAGUGUGUGUAGUAAUAGAAACAGUGGAAUGAAUAUGAAUAGGGAAGAUAAUCUAAAUAGUUAUGAUCGUUAUGAUCGCUUGAAACCACAAAUUUUCAAUAAAAUAAUUAAUACUUCUUAUGCUGAACUUGAAAAGUUAUCCGAUAAGGAGGAAAUUGAAGAAUAUUACAACUCGUUAAUAGAAUUAAAGAAAUGUUUAUAUGUAAAAAGUACACAUAAUAAUAGCAGUCUGGACAAAAUAAAAUAUUUGAAUAUUAAUGAUUAUUUUAUUGAACUAUUAAAUAAGGAAUAUUUUUCAAGUAGGUGUGAUAUGAAUAUAAAUUCAUUUUCAUCUAAUAGAAAUACAAAUGCAUAUGAUGCUUUUCUUUUUGCCAUUUACCCAUCGAACACUAAAGAUGUUAACUACUUAAAUAAUCAAUUUGAGUCAAAUUUUUAUAAUAAAGAAAGAAAGAUGUUACGAAUUAUGGCAUUACCGAAAGACGGGUCUACUUUUAACGACAGCUGCAGGUUGAACAAGACUGACAAUUGUUAUCGUAGUGACAAUCAUAGUGGUAAUCUCAGUUACAAUCCAAAUGAUAAUAAUUUUGACAAUCCCGAUGACUAUCAUAGUUAUAUUCGUAGUGGCAAUUCCGUUAGUUCGUACCUUAAUUUAAAUUACGGUAAUAAUAAUAACUCAAAAAAAGUAAGUAAUGUUUCUACGUGUCCAAGUAUAGGAAAUAAUUUCCUUUCGAUGAAAUCGAUUCGAACGGAAGAAAAUAAAAUAUUGUCCUGUACUGGACCAAAUGGAGGAAUAAAAUGUAGUAAAUAUGAUGUAAUUGGUGUAAAUGAUGUAAAUGGUGUAAAUGGUAUAAAUGGUGUAAAUGAUGUAAAUGAUGUAAAUGGUAUAAAUGGUGUAAAUGAUGUAAAUGAUGUAAAUGGUAUAAAUGAUGUAAAUGGUAUAAAUGAUGUAAAUGGUGUAAAUGAUGUAAGUGAUGUAAAAGCCAUUAAUGAUGCGCAUAUUACAAGUGAUAAUAAAUUAAAAAAAAAAUUACAGAAUGUAAUUGAUGUGAAUGAACGCCUCGAUUUAUUUAACGUGCGCUCAGAAGAAAAUUAUUGCCAGUUAACAUAUUCUGACAGGAUAAAUAAUAAUUUUUUUUAUGAAAAUGUGCAAAGUGAAAAUAAUAAUAAUAAUAAUAAUAAUAAUAAUAAUAAUAAUAAUAAUAAUAAUAAUAAUAAUAAUAAUAAUAAUAAUAAUAAUAAUAAUAAUAAUAAUAAUAAUAAUAAUAAUAAUAAUAAUAAUAAUAAUAAUAAUAAUAAUAAUAAUAUAAUUUACAAUAAGAAAAGAAAUAGCUAUGACAGUGGUAAUUUCCGUUUAGAUAGCUCUUCCGUCCCUGAGAUUUAUGCAAAUACAAAAAUAUUUUUAAAAAAGGGUAAUAAUAUUAAAGAGUGCAAUAAACUGAACGCGUUGAACGCGUUGAACGAGAGGAACGAGAAGAAGGAGAUGAAGGAGAGAAAGGAGGAAGAAGUAACAUACGAAAAGUUAAGUGCCAAUUUUUAUGUACCUGAAGAAUGCCAUUCUGUGAAGAAUAACGUUAAAAAGAGUGAAGUCUGUUCAAACAGUACGUAUCAUCCAAAUGGUGUGCUUAACCCAAAUGAUGCAGUUCAUCCAUGCGGUGAGGUGCAUUCCAAGGAAAAAAAAGAAGAUUUGGAAUUAAUUUUUAACUUGAAAAGUAAAAAUAAAAUACUAUCAAACGAAUGUAUGAACGAUAUAAAGGAAAUUUUGGAAAAAAGUAAAUAUAUGAAUGAAAUGAAUUGUGAUAUAUGUACUGUACAUAAGGAAAGCUUGUUACCGGAAGGAAAAAACGAUGUGUCUUGUUUGUGUUGUACGUAUAUUAAUACCAUAAAUAAUGAAUUAAAAACAGGAUAUAAAAAAAAAAGUAUCAACGCAGGUGGCAAAAAGUUCAGGAAAAAGGGGAACGAGAACGUCUUUCCUCGUAUCCCCCUUCACAACAGCAUAAAUAUUAUCAGUAAAGAAUGCAGUAAAGAAAGCAGUAAAGAAAGCAGUAAAGAAAGCAGUGAAGAAAGCAGUAAAGAAAGCAGUAAAGAAAGCAGUAAAGAAAGCAGUAAAGAAAGCAGUAAAGAAAGCAGUAAAGAAAGCAGUAAAGAAAGCAGUAAAGAAAGCAGUAAAGAAAGCAGUAAAAAAAGCAGUAAAGAAAGCAGUAAAAAUGGUAAUAGCAAUAAUAAUAAUACCAAUGGGGGCAACAGUAGUAGUAUUAAUAACGAUAACGAUAGGGGUAAUAAUGACAAUGGAAUGUUAAAUAACAACUGCAGUAGGAACGACAAAGCCUACAGUUAUUUCGAUCCUUAUAAUAUCUUGUUAAAUGUCCUGAAUAAAUCCAACUAUGCAGAUGAAACAGAAGAAUGUGCAGUAGAUGAUAAUAUAAUUGAAAAAAAUAUUGCAAAGGCUUAUAUUAAAGAUUAUGUGAAUAGAAAUAAAGAAAAACCAGAAAUUUCUUUUAACAAUAGUAGGAUUAAUAGUACUUCCUUAAAUGAUUGUUAUAAUAUAUGCGAUCGUAUUUAUAAUUACAUUAUUGACAGUGGCAUUCGUAGUAUUAUUUAUAACAGUGCAAAAAUUGGCAGUGAUGAAAAUGAUAAUGGAGAGGAACAGAAGCUGCAGGAGCAGCACGUGGAACGGGAAAACGCCAAGGAAAGUAACAACGAAGAUUGUAAGAACCGUAGUAACAAUACCAUUAAGAACAAUAAUAGUAUCAACAAUAUCACUAUUAGGAGCAGGAGCAAGAAUAAUAUUUGUGAUAGUUCUGAAGGAAGAAAUAAAGGAAAGACACUUAUAAGUUUCCUUUCUCAAGAACUGGUUAACUCAACGGAAAUUUCUGAUUUUGACUUAACAUAUGGUAGCAAUGUUUUUCAAGAUAAUAUCAAACAUAGAAAUAAAAAAAUACAAAAAAAGGAAAGGGAAAGGGAAAAUCCUAAAAUUGAAAGUUCAUGUAUUAAAUGUAAUUUUAAUAGAGAAAUUGACAAUUUAUUUUAUAGCAACAGGUACAGUAACACAUCGAACAAUGAUAAAUCAUACCAUGAUACAUCGCACAUUGAUACAUCGCACAUUGAUACAUCGCACAUUGAUACAUCGCACAUUGAUACGUCGCACAUUGAUACAUCGCACAUUGAUACGUCGCACAUUGAUGCAUCGUACAUUGAUACAUCGUACAUUGAUACAUCGUACAAUGAUACUUUGAUAGAAGGGAUACAAGAGGAAAAAGAAGCGUACGAAGCGUAUGAAGCGCAAGAAGUGGGAGUAUAUGUCGGUGAGCAAAGUAAUAAGCACAGGUUAUCAUCAAAUAGUAAUUCCCAGUUAAUAAUUAAUAAAAAAAAUUUUGAAUUAAUAAAGAAUUUUAUUAAGCAAGUGAAGGAAAAAAAUUGCGAUGAGUAUAUAAACGCAAAUGAUGUUCAUGAUAAUAAUAAAUGUAAUGAUGGAAAUAAAGAAAUUAUAAAGUUCAGUGAUAAUCCAAACGACCUUUACGAUGAUCUAAAUAAUAACAAUAAGGUUGACAUAAUAAAUGACCAUAGUAAUAACGUUAAUAAGAAACUUAAUCAGUUUCAUAAUAACAAGGAUAACGAGGAUAAUAAAAGCGAAUAUAACAACAGCCGUAGGAAUAAUGAAAGCGCAAAUGGCAUACUGCAGUAUUAUAGAUCAUUAAAAGAAAAUUACUAUAAAUUAAAAAAUAGAAAUAAUUUGAACAGAAUAUUAAUUACUGACUCGUUAAAUAAUAAUUAA